AUGGAGACGUGCGGAUGUAAAGGCAUACGCACAUGUGUUAUUUGUGAGGGACAGGGGAAGCUACCAGUAGGAUCAGAACAAAGGGGUGAAUGUACCUACUACUGUGAAUUCUGUGGUAAGGCAUGGUCAGACAGCAGUUCACCAUGGAAACAUCAUCCUGAUCACCAUGGUACCCCUGUAGAAUUUCCAGGAAUAAAAAUCAUCCAGAAUUUUGUCUCUGAAGAGGAAGAAAAACAUAUAAGUGAGGAAAUAUACAGAGUUCCAUUUGCUGUUUCUCAGUCUGGAAGAAGAAAACAGGAUUAUGGGCCGAAAGUGAAUUUUAAGAAGAAAAAGUUGAAGUGUGAUGUAUUUACUGGAUUACCAAGCUUCAGUGAACUGCUGUACCGACGGAUGAAGGAAGUGAAAGAGCUUAAAGACUUUACACCUGUAGAGCUAUGCAACCUGGAGUACUCUCCCCUUAGAGGUUCUGCCAUUGAUCCCCACUUUGAUGAUUUCUGGUUGUGGGGUGAGAGACUUGUGACCCUGAAUUUGUUGUCAGACACUUUUCUUUACUUUGUUAAGGAUGGUGAGGAUAUGGAGGUAAAGGUGCCACUCUAUCAGAGAUCUUUAAUCAUUGUGUAUGGACAGGCACGGCACAUCUGGAAACAUGGCAUACACAGGGAGGACAUCACAGAAGACCGGAUUGCCAUCACACUUAGAGAGUUGUCUGACGAGUUUCAAAAAGAUGACAAAUUAACAGAUAUAGGACAAAAACUUAAAGAUGUAGCACUGAGUUUUCAAGGACAAAUGGUUGGUUCCUAAUACAAUAUAUAUUUGUAAGUGAUCUCUGUGUGAUUGUGAUAUAAAAAGAAAAAGAUUUUAGUUAAGAAAAUUUGAAUAUGAUCUUCUUUAAUAAAUUAUGAAUUGUAAAAUUUUAGCAAGGGUAUGAGUAAGAGGAUUUUGACUAGAACAGGUCUGUAGAAAGUGAAACAAAAUGUUGUCACCACAGGGACCAUUGACAUGGGGAUUGACAUGUAGAUUGAUAUCACUUUUCUCAUAAAAUUCUAAUAAAAAUUUAGUUAAAAGAAUGAAAUUAUCUCCCUUGAUAGAGGCUGGAAAUGCAGAAGUAAUGAUAUUAUUAGUAUUACUUCAAAUUAGUUUUGCCUUGCUAGUGGGUGAGACAGGUCUUCUAUACCUCUUCACCCAAAUGGUGAGACCUAACUUAGGUUUUGAUUUAUCUCCAUGAAGGAAAAUUGUCUCACAUAUGUUAUUGUUGUAUUAUGGUAAUAUCACAUUCACACUACACUAUUUACACAAAGAGUUAUAGGAAUUGUCGGUCACGUCUGUAAAAUUUGGAAGGGUAAUACAUGUACAUUUACAAACAAAUCUUGACCAUUGAUCUUUUCGACAGAUCCUGUCCUUUAUAAGAUGUCUCCUCCUUUUUUAUCCUGUCUGCUUAUCAACACAUUGCCAAUCAAAAAUGUUCUUAAAUAAUUUACUUGUAAAACUAAAAAUGUUUUUCCAAUGCUCUUCAUCCAAAAAUAUAUAUUUAGUCAAUUAGUGAAUAAAUAUUUUUUUUUUUGCAGAAUUAACAUGUUAUAAAUGGAUGAAUAAUUGUGUGAUCUGUUUUUUUCCGGUCAGGUUCUUUACAAUAAGAUAAAAUUAACAUAUAUGAAAGGGUAAUUCCUCCCGUUAUUCUUCUCAAGAUUUAGUUUCUUGUCAAUAAGAGUUGUCUCCCCUCCCAUAUAAUCAGUGAAAGGGGAGCGGAAUGGAUAAGAAUGGGUGUGUUCACUGACUAUUUGACUCUGAUUACAGGAUGGCAGCUCUUACAUUGGGUGGUCAUUAAAUAAAAUAAGUAUUAACGCAUGAAAAUGAACAAUAAAGUCUUAAGAACUUCAAAA